CACAAUUCAUUUGAGUAUAAUCGGAGUUAUAAGGUAGGAAAAAAAGGGGAGUUGAUAUUUUGAGAAUCGUUCGAGACGGCAUUUUAACAAAUUAAACAUGGUACUGUGCUUCGCCCUAUAAGCAUCUAGCAGCCAGUGCUUACCAAUCAAUUCGUAUACAGUGAAACACACCAAGGCUACGUUAGCGUGGAGACCUGCAGUCACGCUUUAUUUCUGGAUAUUGGGACCACUCUACAAUGUCAUAUCCACAAUUUGGAUAUCCUUACUCGUCUGCACCACAAUUCCUCAUGACAACCAACUCCUUGACAACUUGCUGCGAAUCAACCGGCAGAUCCAUCUCGGAUUCCGGAGUUGCAGCCACUGCCCAGACGCCGGUUUACUGCCCCGUUUACGAGAGCAGACUGCUGGCCACCGCCAGGCACGAGCUUAGUUCCGCCGCGGCUCUGGGUGUGUACGGGAACCCCUACACGAGCGGUCAAGGCUAUGGAAAUUACGUUACAUAUGGAACCGAUGCCUCCGCUUUCUACUCACUGGGUACAUUCGAUUCGAAAGAUGCCACAGCAUCUGCGCAUGCGGGGAUAACACAAGCAGCUGCUUACUACCCAUAUGACCCCACCCUGGGCCAGUAUCAAUACGACAGAUACGGAUCCAUAGACGGAGGAACCAGGAGGAAGAACGCGACCAGGGAGACGACCAGCACCCUGAAAGCAUGGCUCCAGGAGCACAGGAAGAACCCCUAUCCUACCAAAGGAGAGAAGAUCAUGCUGGCCAUUAUCACCAAGAUGACCCUGACGCAGGUCUCUACCUGGUUCGCCAACGCCAGGAGGAGACUGAAGAAGGAGAACAAGAUGACCUGGCCCCCCAGGAACAAAUGUUCAGACGAGAAGAGGUAUGAUGAAGAUGACGAUGGGUCGCAGGAGGAGCAGAUCAAAAGUGAAACCAACGAUGAUGAGAACACGAGUCGAGAGGACAAGGAUCUACAACUCAGCGAUCUUGAAGAUUUCGACACAAUUGAGUCUGAAAGCUCCGAAUGCGAGCUCAAGCAUCAGUAUCACUUAAAUACUCACAUGACGACGACUGACUGCCCUAACGGUCACAUUAAAGACACUUCAUUAAAGAUAAGUAUUCCAGUGUCUCUGGGCGGAGAGCAGGACUCGAGAAAAACCUGUCUGAAAACAAGUUCGGAGGAUUGUGAGCACGAUGUGAGCAACGGAAGACAAGUUAAAACGUGCUACGAGCAAGGCCACCAAAUACUAGACGGGAAACCAAGAAUCUGGUCGCUGGCCCAAACUGCAACUUCUUUGAACCAGACUGAGUAUCCGUCGUGUAUGCUGAGAUGUCAGCCAACCAUGUCCCCGUCUCCCGUGGCCGACUCUCCUGUGCACGUUAAUGACAGGCAGGAUUCGCCGGUCACAACUCUCAGAAACUGGGUAGAUGGGGUUUUCCACGACCCUCUGUUUAGGCACAGCACUUUGAAUCAGGCUUUGACCAACACUUCCGUUUCUUGGACCACGACCACCAAAGGCUCAAUACUGGAGACAGGUGCGCUCGACCGCUCUCUUGGAAACAACGUUGUCAAAGGACACGCUCCCAUGCAGCACCAGGAUUCCACCAAGGACACUAUGAAUUUCCCCAAAAAUGUGAACAAACUUUUCUGUUCGUAACACGCCAAAUUAGAUUUUUACUUACAAGAGACUUGCGGUAUAGGCCUGUGUUUAUGGGCGUUUAACAUGAGCAAUUGAACUGAGAAUAAGCUGUUGAAGUUGGUUACAUCUGUUUCAUGAUUCUUUUUUAAGCAAGGAUAUAUUUGUGUACAAUGGCAUUUCACUGGUGAAUUUGCAAACGGGAUUCGUUUGAGCGUAUUAGUAUUUCGUUUUAAACGCACGUUCCAAAUAUAUAAAUGUAUAACUGAAAGUUUACAUUCGAAAAAAAGUUUACAGGAUAUUUUCUUUUUCUUAUAGCAUGCAAAUGUUACAGAAUAUGCUUUAGAUCUCAGUUGAGCCAUCGUUAACAUUUGGCUUGUGAGUCACACUGUUGAAAGAAAAAAAGUCACACAAAUGCACUGCU